GGCACCGAUACGGAGAUGGGUGACCUUGUUGAGUACCUGUGCCAGAACGAGCCCAGCUUCCGCAAAGCACGACUUCCCGCUCUUUACUCCGACUUCCUCGGCCAGCGUGCCUCAAACCCCGACGGCUACGCCGCCAACGUUUCGGCAUGGCGCCGCGCCCUUGCCACUGUGGCCCGCUCCGGCUUGGUCAACGCUGCCGGCUCUGGCUCCCCGAACAUGCUGGUUCUCAGCACCGAUGAGAGCCUCGUCCGCGCACUCGAGAGCAGGCAAUACGGCCGACCGCUGGCCCUCGGAGUGGUCGUGCAGGAGGCGAUGGCUUCAGGCGACCUUGUUCCUCUCAAGGAUUUCCUCGGCCGCAAGCAGAGCAUAUACGAUAAGUCAUCCUCCUGGGGAGCCUUGCCGCUGAAUGUUGUCAGCUGGGGAUUCAGGCAGCUAGGGGCCAUGGCGGGCCUGGGAGGACCGUCUGAUAAGAUGCCCAAGGCGCAGCUUGUUGUUGUCGCGAAUUUGGAGCUGGCUGCGAAAGCCUUUGGUGAAAAGACGGCAGAUGCCAACUCGAGAUUCGAACGGACGUGGUCGAAGCCUCACUUUCUCAAAACCUUCGCGGCGUCUUUGCUACCAUCCGGACCCUCGGGACCCAUGACUCUGUCUGGGACCGAUGUCGAUGUUCUACUGACUUUCUUGUCAAGGGAUAAAGACUUGGUGGUUUAUGACGGAAACACGGUUAGGAUGAAAGAUGCCGCCGGCCAGGAAUCACCCACGAUCACGCAGGAGGACGCAGCAAUUGCACAACUAAAGGAGCUGAGGGAGUAUCUGGGCCACCAAACACAAAUUCUAGAGCGUCGCAUCGAAGACCUCGCCGCCGCCGCCAAAGAUGCGGUUGCUAAGAAGAACCGCGUCUCGGCACUAGCAGCCCUCAAGUCCAAAAAGCUUGCCGAGACGUCACUGGCGAGCAGGUUUGCCACGCUAUCCCAGCUAGAGGAGGUUGCGUCACGCAUCGAACAGGCAGCAGAUCAGGUGCAGCUGGUCAAGGUCAUGGACACGAGCACCGAGGCACUGCGCGGGCUUAACGAACAGAUCGGUGGCGUCGAGCGCGUCGAGGACGUCGUCGACCGCCUGCGGGAGCAAAUGGAUGCCGUCGACGAAGUCGGCACCAUCCUCGCCGAGUCGGGACCGGUGUUGGACGAAGGCGAGCUCGACGACGAGCUGGCCGCCCUCGAGGGAGAAGAGAAGAAGAAGGAAGAGGAGGCAGCCGAGCGCGCGCGCAAGGAAGUCGAGGCUGUCAAAGAGGCCCAGCAAAUCAAGGAGACCGAGGAGCUGCGCCGAAAACUCGAUGCCAUCGGGGAAGUUCCGACAAAGGAUCCGGCUAUUACGGGCGCCCAGGGAGAAGAUCCAUCCAGAUUGGAUUCUGUUGAGAGGGACACGGUCGAUGUUCUCCGGAAAUUGUCCCUCGAAGAAGAUCGCGAGGCUCAGCCUGCUGUCUGA